UUGUUUACAUCUUGAGCUCCAAGCGUACAAAUUAAAGAAAAUCGGGACAAUUGUUUUUUAACCAAGAAAUGUUACUUUAAUUACUAAUUGAAUUAUAUUCAAACAUGCUACUCGACGAAAAGGCCCAAAAGUACAAAUUACUCGCUGAAAAAGUUUAUCACCGCUGCCAGGAAUUACAAACUGAAAAUGAGCGCUGUGUGCUCCGCAUAAAUACGGUUAAGAAGCUUCUUCGACGACGCACCCGCGAUGUAGAGCUUUUGAAACGGCGCCUUGACAAGCACAAUGACGUAUGGCGGCAAUUGCCAAUGGUGGCACCACACCCAAAACGAAAAAUCGAACAAAAGCGCGGUCCCAAGCCCAAACCUAAGAUUCCCACAGAAGAGCCAACAGAUGUCAAAGUUAAAAAGGUACGGAAGCAGCGCAUGAAAAAGAACCUACUACCGCUGCAGCCAGGUUCCGUUGAAGGAACAAUGCAACAACUGCCACAACAACAGCACUUCACCGAACAGCAGCAGCAGCAGUUGCUAAUGCAACAACAAUUCGUACAUUUCAAACAAGAUAUUUGAGAUGCAAUGUAAAACUUUUAAUUGAACAAGGCGUGAAUUAUCCUAAAUAUCUGGGUAAUUUCUAUUGAUUUUUAAACUUAUGAAGCAGAUUUCAUGUACAACACAUUCGCCCAACAUGGAGCAUAUGAAAAUAAAGCGCGCAACAUAAA